AUGCCAAAUUCCAAGCCAACGAGUCAAAACGACUACCAGAUGCAAGAUAUUGAUAUAGACAAUGAAAACACAAUCAGGAACGAAGAUGAUGGAGAUGACACACAAUCAACAUUAAGCUCAGCUGUAUCACACGAUGCUGAGUUUAAUCCUGUUCAGUUGAAUGAAUCUCAGCAGAGUGCUGAUCUUAAUAACCAAACACAUCCAAAACUACGAUCAGAUACUCGUGACCAAACUGAGUUGAACCAAGAAUUGACUCGUCAAUUAUCAGUCGCCGAUGCCAUUUUUUUGAAUGAAAGUCGAACAGAAAGAAGAGGCUCUAGUCAGACAGGUGAAGAUGCAUCCCUUGAUAGACUAGAAGAAGAGCAAUACGAAGCUGAAGAACAGCCAUUAGACAGAGCAACUUCCAACGUGGAGAGAAUUUUCACAAAUAAGUCAACAGGUCAAUUAGAUCUUCCCCCAGACGGUGGUUAUGGUUGGGUUUGUGUUGCGUGUGUUACAGCUAUUCAAGCAUGUACAUGGGGUGCCAAUGCUGGGUAUGGUAUUUUCUUAGAAUAUUAUCUAUCAAAUAAUGUUUUCACUAAUGCUACAGCAUAUGAUUAUGCAUUAAUCGCUGGUUUGAUUGUGUUCACUGCUCAAUUUUGUGCACCAUUCGCUAUGAUUUUGAUGAAAAUGAUUGGCUUCAAGCUAACAAUGAGUAUUGCUUGUGUUACACAUUUUCUAGGUUAUUUAUUGGCCUCAUUCGCAACUAAAAUAUGGCAUCUUUAUGUGUGUCAAGGUGUGAUUGUUGGUGUUUCUUAUGCAUUUUUAUUCGUCCCUGCAAGUAAUGUUAUACCAACAUGGUUUUUGAAGAAAAGAGCCAUUGCUUCGGGGAUUUCAUAUGGUGGUACAGGUCUUGGUGGUGUUAUUUAUUCCGUUUCUGUUAAUGCAACUAUCAAGAGAACUGGUGAUCAAAGAUGGGCUCUACGAAUGGUUGGACUUACAACUCUUUUUGCAAUGGCUAUCUCUAUUUUCUUCAUAAAGCAAAGAAAACCAUUUAAAAGAGAAAAAUUGAACUUUCAAAAUUUGAAAAAGAAUACUCAAUUGAUGUUUAGUAAAAAAGUUUUGGAAAGAAAGUCACUAUGGUACAUUACUUUAUGGUUCGCCAUGGGUAUUAUCGGAUAUAAUCUGGUUAUAUUUUCAUAUGCUACUUAUGCCACAACAAUGGGUCUUUCAACAAGUCAAGCAUCAACAUUAACUGCGUUGAUCAAUGCUGCACAAACAUUAGGUAGACCAAUGAUGGGGUUUGUUUCAGAUAGAUGGGUUGGAAGAAUAAACUAUUCAAUUGUUUUGGAUUUGCUCUUAACUAUAUUUAUCCUUGCAUUUUGGAUCAACGCUAAAACAUUUAUUUCCUUGUUAUUCUGUGGAUUGUUAAUUGGUGCAACUAUUGGUGUUGGUAAUGUUAUGAACAUUGUGAUGAUAGCUGAUUCGUUUAACAUUGAAGAGUUUGCUUCUGCUUGGGCCAUUUUGAAUAUGGGGAUUGGUUGUUUUUCAUUACCAGUCGAAGUUAUUGCAUUAGCAUUAAGAGAUUAUACAAUUUCUAAUCCAUUUUUAUAUACUCAGAUUUUUGGUGGGUUACUAUUCUUCAUUUCAAUUGUCAUUAUAGCACCACAAAGAGAGUGGGCAGUUAGGAAGUCAAUGAAAAAGGAAAGUGACCAAUUGAUAAGGGAGUUAAGAGAUUUGGAACCGGUUGGAUCGAAAGAUUUGCAUAAUGUCCAUGUUGAAGAUAUGACUAGGGAGUUGAAAAAGAGAUCGGAUAAAUUGGAGGGCUUAUUACAGAACAAUCCGGGAAUGUAUUUUAGAAGAUUGUUUUAUCCAAUGAAAAUCUGA